AUUUUUGCGGAGGAACGUUCAAUGAAGCUGGCUCCAUCGGCCUCCGCGUUCUGCUUUGUUCUUUCCUUCUUCAGUUCUUGUUCGUUGUGGCGGAGUGCACAGUCCUUUGUUAUCCAAGUUCAACAGAUUUCUUUCUAGUAAUAGACUGAACUUGAACAUGCCGUCUGAUGCAGCAAAGAAACGCGCUGCCAAGAAGAAGGCAGCGAGUUCUCAACGAGGCAAGGCAGCAGCGGCAGCAAAGAAUGGAGACUCGCCCCCAGUGAAUGGAAGCAGCGCUGCUGCUGAUGGCGCAGCAACAGCCUUAGCACAGUUAGCCCUCAGCGACCGCUCAUGCACUGGCGUCCUGGCAUCGCAUGCCGCAUCCCGUGAUCUUCAUAUCGAUUCGUUCUGUCUGACUUCGCAUGGAAUGGAAUUGUUUUCAGACACCAGAAUUGAGCUGAACAGUGGACGGCGUUACGGUUUGCUCGGCCUGAAUGGAUGUGGCAAGAGUAGCUUGUUGGAGUGCCUUGGUAAUCGCGAGGUGGACAUCCCAAGUCACAUGGACAUCUUCAUGCUGCGUUCGGAAAUCGAUGCCAGUGACAAAACCGCACUGGAAGCAGUUAUGGAGGUUGACUCUGAGCGGGCCCGUCUUGAGGUUGAGGUGCAAGAGUGCAUUGAUUCCGGUGACGGCGAGAGUGAUCGCCUGAUGGACCUGUACGAACGCCUGGACGAAAUGGAUGCUUCUACUGCCGAGGCAAAGGCUGCACACAUCCUAUAUGGUCUUGGGUUUACGCGAGCCAUGCAAACGACGGCAACCAGAGACUUCUCCGGAGGUUGGCGGAUGCGAAUCGGACUUGCCCGUGCUCUGUUCGUGAAGCCACACAUACUGUUGUUGGACGAACCGACUAACCAUCUGGAUCUGGAGGCGUGCGUGUGGCUCGAGGAGGAGCUGAAAACGUAUCGGCGAAUUCUCGUGCUCGUCUCUCACUCGCAAGAUUUCCUCAAUGGUGUGUGCACCAACAUCAUCCACUGUCACAAUCAGAAGCUUAAAUUCUAUGGUGGAAACUACGAUUCGUAUGUCAAGACCCGCUCUGAGUUGGAGGAAAACCAGAUGAAGCAGUACCAAUGGGAACAAGACCAGAUUAGCCACAUGAAGGACUACAUUGCCCGAUUCGGUCACGGAAGUGCCAAACUGGCCCGUCAGGCUCAGAGUAAGGAGAAGACGCUGAAGAAGAUGGUUGAAGGUGGCCUGACAGAGAAGGUCGCUACAGACAAGUUGUUCACAUUUGCAUUCCCCGACUGUGGCAAGCUUCCUCCCCCAGUUGUCAUGGUACAGAACGUCCACUUCAGAUACGGUGAUGACAAGCCAUGGCUCUACAAGGACCUGGAGUUUGGUAUCGAUUUGGACACUCGUAUUGCCCUGGUGGGGCCGAAUGGGGCUGGAAAGUCCACUUUGCUCAAGCUGCUUGACGGAGAGCUUGUGCCCAAUGAUGGUAUCAUUCGCCGACAUGGACACUUGCGCAUUCGCAGAUUCCAUCAGCAUUUGCAAGACAUGCUGGACUUGGACAUGUCUGCAGUCGACUGGAUGAUGAAGUGCUUUCCGGAUGUGAAAGAAAUUGAGGACAUGCGCCGCUCUAUCGGCCGCUUCGCUCUCACCGGCAAACAGCAGAUGUGCGCCAUGAGUAAGCUGUCUGAUGGCCAGCGGUGCCGUGUCGUGUUUGCCUGGCUCGCCUGGAACAGUCCUCACCUGUUGCUGCUGGACGAACCCACCAACCAUCUUGACAUUGAGACGAUCGACGCUCUCGCCGACGCCAUCAACCACUUUGAGGGUGGCAUGGUCCUCGUUAGCCACGACUUCCGACUCAUCAGUCAGGUGGCCAAGGAAAUCUGGGUGUGUGAGCACCAGACAAUACGUCCCUGGACAAGUGGCAUUCAGGCCUAUAAGGAGUCUCUACGCGGCAAGGUCAUGAAGAAGCUGUAAUUGAAACAUGGUCGCUCCGGAGUCUCUGUCCAUGCCCACCGCCGUGACGUGGUGCAAUAGUGUUGUGUACAUGUACUAGUAUUGAGCAGGCUCUCGUCCUGCCUAGAGUGUUCGCUCCGUCGUCCAUGGCUGAUACAGGCUCAGCGCAUUUGCAGGGGUGUGCCAUGUGCACUCCCUGCUGCUCUGUCCAUCUCCUGUCCGUCAUCCCCGUGCCAUCACUGUCUGACUCUCGCCUGGACGACGUCAUCAGACCCAACCGGUCGAGUGACCUUGGUGUCGAGGGGUGCGCUGUGCUGUACUGUUUCGUCUGUCGCGCGGUGUACCUGUUCCGUCGCCCGCUGGCAGCAACUCUGCAGAAGACCAUGUGCGUCUUCUUAGUGCCUUUGUCCUGGCAUAGAGUAUUUAUUUUAGUGACCUGGCAUCUCUCCUCUGCCAGUUCCUCUCUGCAUCUCAGCUGGAAUAAAUUAUUCUCUACUCUGGUGUGUUCUUGUCCACGUCCACGGCGACCUGUGGGGACCUCAUUUCGCUCUGCCUUGCCACUGUUUGUCUUUCUGGGCAGGUUCUGCACUUUGCCUGCGUUCUCAUUGCUAUUAUUAUUAUUAUUUGGUGGCAUGCCAUUUCUACGUGUUUCUUAUUUAUUUGGAGUCAUCUGAAUAGUGCAGCUGGUCCCGGCGCGCACCCACUCACUGUCUUCUGUCUGCGGGUUGAUGUGGAUAUGUGUGUUCAUGUUCAUCUGUGUUGUGGCUUCUGCUGGGUUGUAUUGUAGGCUUUUCUCUUGGUCUACUUUAUCUGUUGCUUAUCGACCUCUUGUGAGCUGUGGCUGUUUCUUCCUCCUUGUCCUGGA